AUAAUAGUAGUGGUAGUAGUAACAAUAAUAACAGCAGACGACGCCAUCAUCAGCUGAGACAAACUUGACAACAAACAUGGCUGGCGAGGUUGAUCCAUCCUGUAACCCAGUGGAUUUAAUGGGCCAGGAUGCGUGCAAUCCCAGUGGAAUAUAUGGUGUUGAGCGGGAGACUGAUGCAGAUGAAGCCACAGGAAGUAUUCAGAACUCUGAACCCACAACGCGUAACACAAAUGAAUCUGAUUUCUCAACUUUUGAUAUUGUUAAGGCAACCCAGUAUGGUGCAAUUGAAAGAUGCAAGGAGUUAAUUGAAUGUGGCUAUGACAUUAACAAGAGGGAUAAUGAAAAUGUUACACUUCUACAUUGGGCAGCUAUUAAUAACAGAAGAGAAAUCGUCAGAUAUUACAUAUCCAAAGGAGCAUUGGUGGAUGCAGUUGGUGGUGAACUUAUGUCUACACCUCUACACUGGGCUACCAGACAAGGUCAUCUUGGCAUGGUUGUUUUGUUGAUGAAGCAUGAUGCUGACUCCUCACUCCGUGAUGGCGAAGGGUGCUCCUGCAUACAUCUGGCAGCACAGUUUGGUCACACUGCCAUAGUUGCAUAUUUGGUUGCCAGAGGAGCAAAUGUUAACCUCAUGGACAAAAAUGGAAUGACACCGCUAAUGUGGAGUGCCUACAGGGUUACCAGCCUGGAUCCCACAAGGUUGCUAUUAACAUUUGGAGCCAGCACAUCAAUGGCUGAUCGUCUUCAUGGUAACACUGCGCUGCACUGGGCUGUUAUAGCGAAAAACCACAUGGCUGUCAGUGUUUUAGUAAACCAUGGAGCCAAUGUGGACAUUGCAAAUUCUCAGGGAGAGUCUGCUUAUAGCUUAAUAAUGAAGAGAAAGACUCAGUGGCUGGACAAAAAAGUUUUGGAAAAGCUUCAAGAACUACAAAAAUCAGCAAGAAAUAUAUGUUAUCGUAUAUCCAAUGAUAAGAGUCUUCGAUACUGGACUAUGAUGGGAACUCCAUUCCUGGUUUUUUAUGUGAUUGGCCUCAUUGAAAUUAAAUCUUUAUUACGUGCUGAAGCUGGACUUUUCACAGCGUUAUAUAUUGUAGUCUAUGGAAUCUCCAGAGUGCUGUUUGAUGAGCGACUCAUGACUGUUAUGCCAAUGGCAGUUUAUCUAGCCACAAAGUUUUGGUGUUAUGUUACUUGGGUUUUGUACAUUCAUGAGUACUCUGGACUUAAAGCAACAGCAUUCUUCUUUAUAUCUUCACUGCUUCUAUGGUACAACUUCAUGAGAGCCUGGAGAGGAGAUCCAGGGGUCAUCACAGCAGACCAGGCCCAAAAAUAUCAGACCAUAAUUGAGUUAGCAGAAAGAGAUGGAUUUGAUCCUCAGUGGUUUUGUUCUACAUGCUUGGUGCGACGUCCAAUACGCUCCAAGCACUGUUCCGUCUGCAACAGAUGUAUUGCUAAAUUUGACCAUCAUUGUCCUUGGGUUGGAAACUGUAUAGGAGCCAACAAUUUGAAGUAUUUUAUUGGGUAUCUCAUAAUGCUGUGUGCAAUGAGCUGUGUUGUGGUGCAAGGCUGUUUCUACUUUUGGAAUGGUGCUUGCAACAUUUACUUCUCAAAACAGGGAAUCUGGUCCAGUUUAGGUUCAAUAGGCACAUGCGAGCCAUGGGUAGCCUGGGUUGGUGCUAAUGCCACGUUACAUGCUCUCUGGGUAGCUACACUCCUUUGUUGUCAGCUUUACCAGGUGUUAAUUCUUGGCAUGACCACCAAUGAAAGAAUGAACUGUUACCGAUACAAACAUUUUCAGGUUGGGAAGAAAGGAGAAGUUCGGUCACCCUUUCAUCGUGGCAUGUGGCAGAAUCUUCAAGAUCUACUCAACUGGCAGUGCUUUGGACUUCUUAAACCUGAUAGAACAGAUUGGCUGCAUAUAUAUACUCUCUCUGAGUCUGCAGAAGAUAAACAGCCUCUUCUUUCACAGUCAGACAUGUAUCAAUAUGUUUAAGCUUUUUAUUUUAUUGUUAACAUCGUAUGUAUAUUACUGCCAUUUUGCUUUUUAUAUCCAUCCAUUCUUUAACUAUCAGCUAAAUGAAUUCAACAAUAAUAGCCUCAUUCAUUUUCUGUGGUGAGUGAAGGUCAAUGAAUGGAUUUUCUCUUUCAAUUGUCUAUUAAGGACUUGAAUUUUGUGAAUAAAAUAGAACAAAAAAUCUUGUUAAACUCUUUAGAAAAAUCACCUCAGUAUUGUGAUCUUUUUAUCAGCUUAUUUAUAUUACUAUUACUUCAAGCUAAGACAUGAAUUGUUGAUGUACAUGUUAAUGUACAUAAGAAAAUAAUUCCAUAGGUAAAUGUAAUUACUGUUACAUUCCUUUUAGUGUAGAAUGGUUCUCAAUAACUUGCAUUUUUUUUUAUACUGCUAAUUAUAGAAAACAUUGUGUAGCAAGUUUAGAGGAGUUUUAACUAUUACAAAGUAAAAAUUACCAAAGACAUGAGUCAGAUAUUGAAUACCUGUAUUUAUCCUAGUUGACUAGUCACAAAUAACUUACUUGUAACACUGAUGCCUUUACCAGUUUUUUUUAGGUAUAAAUCAGGCUUGUGAAAUGUUGUGAGUAGACCAAAGAUGCUCUCCAGUGUGAUGAUGAUGAUGUGUAUGCAGUUGUGCAGCUGGCAUUAUCAGCUUAUUUGCUCAAUUUGCAUUUUCCAUAUUAUGUAUGUUUAUAUUCUUAAUAUUAAUCAUUGACUAAUGUAAUCUGUUUAAGAUAUUUUGGCACAAAACAAGACUCAAGAAUUUCGGUUAAAUGUGUUUUUAUUGAGAGUACAGAAAUAGAAUAAGUUGUACAUUAAUAAUUAUUUAUAACUGAAAGUUUAAGGUACAGUGUUUCAUAAAUAGUCAUUAAAUUUUAGCAUAUGAAUAUUUGCUGAUAUCCUAUCAAGAUUCAUUCAUCUAAAAGUCUAGCACUGUACAGUUUCAUACAUUUGUAAAUCAACAAAAACCCUCAUUUUGAUAAGGAAUGAAAAUUAACACUGUAUACAGUGUAUGUUGACCCCUAUUCAGUGAUCUUCUUCAGCAGAUGGACUAAACAGAAUUGUUCAGUUAUUCCAUUUAACAAGUGAGCUUAACAGAAUUAUUCAAUUUAGUCUGACAGCUGAAGAUGAUCUUAGAAUAAGUAUUGAGAUAUGUACUUUAUUUUUCAAAUUGUGGGCUUUUCUUUGUGACCAUCAAUACUCAAAUAUUUCAGUCCCCCCUGCAUCCGUAAUUGACAUAUCUGAAAUGUACAGUUAACUUCUAAGAUAAGAGAAAACAUACUAUGGUGUUUUCCACUGGUAUUUCAAUCAUCCUAUAAAUUGUUUUUGCAUAUAUUUUUUAUGGGACACUGGAUAGAUUUGCAUUCAUAUUGAAAAACUGAUGAACAAUCACUUGCCAUCUUAACAUGUGGUCCAACAUUCUUUUGUGCAUUAUGAUGUCUGUAUAUUCCCUUCAGAUGAGGGUCCAACAUUAUUUGAAUGCAAAAUAUGUAAAUCGUUUGAAGUUUUGAAAUAGUACUAAAUAUACUGCAGUAUUCUGUACAGUUUGAACUAACUUGAUUGUCACAUUUGUUUGCCUUGAGGUGUGGCCUGGGGUGCCAGAUGUGGGUAGCUCAUCGGUAAUGUGGCGCAACUAAUAAUGAACUCUGUUUGAUGCAAUCUUUUUGUAAAUAUUUUUAUUUUUGUGAUAAAUGUAGGAUUAUUAGUGUAUAUAGUAUUUAUGAGGAAGAAAAUUUUAAGUUGAAAAUGCACAGUUAAAAUACCUCACAGUAACAAGAAUAUUUGUGUGUGCUAGGACCAAAAUGUAAUGAUUGGCAAGGUUUUAUAUUAACAAAUAUUUGAGUAAACAUCUUACAUGCCCAUAAUGUAACAACACAGUCCUCAUGUAAUCAUUUUCUUCCUUACAAACUUUAUAUUAACAAAUUUUAAGUAAAAAAUAACCAACUAAUUUGUUCUCAUUUUUCAUUAAUGUUGAGGCACUAAAAACAUCUUUGUAUUAAAAUUAUCAUGAAAUAUGCUACUUUGAAGUUAUAGUUAAUGGAAUACCUUAAUGGUAUUAGGGUGUUGUCUGAUGUUAAAUUGCUGAAAUUUGUAUAGAUGAAUACAUAAAGUAUAAAUCAUGUUUGAAAAGCGGAGGUUCAAAGUUGCUGCAUUUGGUAGCUUUGGUUUUUAUAUCAGAAAAGGAGCAAGUGUUUCCUGGCCCAAACUACAAACAUUUGACACAACAUUUUAUGUAUCUAGAAUUUUUUUUAGUAGUACUGUUCUGUAUUUCCUUUGUCCAUAUUGAGUUCCAUCGUAUGAUCUGUUUAUAUUUAAUUUGUGUCAAAUUUGUUCGUUAGGUAAAUCGUCAUAAAGUAUACUUGUGGGAAAGCUACAAGCAGUUCAAUCAUUACUGUCAAUGUUUUUAUAUAAACUUAAAUAAAAGUUUUAUUUUGAAGGAUUACAUUAUGCUGAGGUGUUGCUUUUAGUUUUGUCAUCUUUUAUAGAGUAAGUAUGCUCAGAUUUCAUACAUACAGAAGACACGUUUUUGUGCCUAAUUCUGUUUACUAUUUUGGCUAAAAGAAAUCUGCAUUUGUACAAGUAAAAUUUUGAUGGUUCUACAGAAAGAAUGUGAAUAUAAUUUAGUUAAAGAAAAGUUGUUUUGUGUAUCUAGAACAAAUUUGUUAUAUGUCAGAAAUGUUUUGAGAAGAUUUUUGUGACAGUACUGUAAUGAUUAUUAGCAAAUAUAUUGCUAGAAGAAUUUUUUUUACAGUUGGCCUAUAAGUUUGUUAGUCUGCCAACUGUACCACUGAGAGAUUAAGCAAAAUUUAUCAGUGGGAGAUAAUUUGUGAAGGAAGAUUUUAAUUGGGAAAAUUAGUUACUGGUUAAUGAAGAGAUAAAAGAUGUAAGUUCUAUGUGGGGAAAAGUCACAGAAAAACAUAGAGAGAGGAUGAUAUGUCAGAGGUGAAUGUUCAGUAUAAGAGAUUAAUAAACUUCACAUCCAUGGGCAACAUUUAUGACCAUGUUAUUAAUAUACUCAACAUUAACAAAAUAGUCCAAGAAGUAUUUACAUGUUUUUUGUUGUUUCAUUUACUCAGUCUGUAUUUGAUUUACACAUCCUGCUCUUAAGCUGCAAAACAUUGAACAUUUCCACAUGUAAACUUGAUGAUUACUACAUAGAUUAUAGCCACCCAAGAAAUGAUUCUGCAGUAGCACUCCUGAUGCUGCUUUCAUUCAUUGUAAAUACUGAAGAUGGCACUACUUCCAACAUCUGUUUUUUUUUUUUUCGCUAAACAUUAAGCAAUUCAUUUAACAUAUUAGAUUUUAUAGCUGCUACAAUUUUAAUGAAGAACCUCAACAUACAGUAUAAAAAUCUUAAGUCUCUUAUGCCAUUUCUCAUGAUACUGAAGUUGGGAUCGCCAUGGUGAGAAGGGACGGUUUUCCAAAAGCCUUUCCAUGACAGUGAACAAAUAUGCACAUUGCUGGAGUAUUUUCAGACAUUAAGUUAGAGGGAAGGGGAAGAAGCAUGUAUUAUAAAGGAUUUCUAAUGAAUUUUCAUAUUGUCAUACAAAAAUGAGAGGAGUCUAUAUAUAAGUUAAUAUUAAGGUAGAUGUUAAUUCUUGCACAAAUCUUAAAAACCUGUAUUCACUAGCAACAUUAUGUUCCUUUACCAACGUCAGUAUGCAGUACUGAUUUGAUCAAAAUUUGUAAAUUCCAAGGAUUUUUUAUGGAUAUAAUGUAAAUUUUUAUAGCUAAAAAUUGGCACUGCUGAAAACUUUUAUAGCUAAAAAUUGGCACUGCUGAAAACUAAAGACAUGAAUCAAUAAAAUAUGCUUUUCUAAUGUG